AUGCGGAACUUGCGCAACAUCCGGUUCAGCGCCUGGGAGCAGCAACAGGACGUCACAGUCACGGCGUGCUGCUGGGACCCCGCCAAAGACGAGCUUCUCUGCACGACUGGACCGACAGAGGCAAAAGCCACCGUUGAGCUGGUGAGGCUGUCGGACCACCACCAAGAGCAGCAAAUUAAAUCACACACCGUCACGAGCUGGGAUGCGCCGAGCCCGAGCCCGGACCUGCCCGCGGACAAGGUAGUCAGCCUACACCACUUCGCCGACACCCUCACCACCUGCGUCAUCCUCGAGGGCGGCGACAUCGUUACCGUGCAAGAGGACGAUGCCGGCCGCGAUGGCGACGUCCAGAUCGAGAUCGUCGGCUCCAUUGAUGCUGGCAUCUCCUCCGCCCGCUGGUCCCCGGACGAGGAGCUGCUCGUCGUCGUCACCAAGGAGGGCAACGCCGUUUUCAUGGGCCGCACCUUCGACCCCAUCGCCGACGUUGCCAUGACGCCCGACGACCUGAGGCUGUCGAAGCACGUCUCCGUCGGCUGGGGCAAGAAGGAGACUCAGUUCCAGGGCAAGGGCGCCAAGGCCCUGCGCGACCCGACGAUUCCUGAAAAGGUGGACGAGGGCCUGCCGAGCGUCAACGAGGACGGCGCCGCGACCGUCAGCUGGAGGGGUGACGGCGCGUAUGUUGCCGUCAACUCUGUCGCCGGUGGCGCAAGGAGGGUUGUGAGGGUGUACUCGCGCGAGGGCGUUCUCGACAGCGUCAGCGAGCCCGUAGAUCAUCUUGAGGCGGGUCUGAGCUGGAGACCAUCCGGAAACCUCAUUGCGGGCAUCCAGCGGCUCGAGGACCGGACGGAUGUCGUCUUCUUUGAGAGGAACGGUUUGAGACAUGGCCAGUUCACGCUGCGCAGCGCCGAUGGGCCCCUGAGUGUCCACAAGAAGAUUGGUUUGGAGUGGAAUUCCGACUCGACCGUUCUGGCCGUGGUUCUGAGUGACAGGAUACAGCUGUGGACGACGGGCAACUAUCACUGGUAUCUGAAGCAGGAGGUGCCGCUGACGUCUGCGUUUUCUGGGUUGGCGUGGCACCCCGAGAAGCCGCUGCGUUUCGUCGCCGCUACGUCGUGUCGGUUUUCCCCUUUUUCCAUGGCUAGUGAUAUACUAACGAAGUGUGCAGCUGUCGUCAACGUCGCCGAGUACAUCUUCGCCGUGUCCCGUGGCUCCAUGAGCCCACCCAAUGACCACGGAGCCGUUGCGGUCGUCGACGGCCAGACGGUGAAGUUGACCCCCUUAAGGACCGCCAACGUUCCGCCACCCAUGGCCUUAUUUGAGCUCGACUUUGCGGCUAGCAUCGUCGACGUCGUGUUUGAUCCCAGCAACUCGCUCAUGGCGGUCUUGCAUCGAAAGGGUCUGGAUGUGUACGAGUGGCAGACCAAGGGCGAUCGGUCGACGAAACCGAAGGAGUUGGUCAAGAUCGCGUUCGAUCCAGGUGCCAAGACCAGGGUUCCCCUGCAGGCUGCAUUCUCUGGCCCGGCCGAGUGCCAGGUCCUUGUCUCCGAGGAGGGACUAAAGCUCGAGACUUACACCGUUGAGGCUUCCUCGCUUAUCGCGUCAGGGGUCACUCAGCUCAGGACCAACGAGACGUUCUCGUCGAUUUUCAGCCACGAGGUCGACUCAGGGGUUGAGUCCUGCGCACAAGACCGCUCGGGGAAGCUUUACAGACUGGUUGGCAAGCAAGUCCCUGAGCUUUUUGGAACGCAGCUGUCAACCCAGCUUCCGUGGUGUGAGGUGCGGAGCAUCAAUGGGCGGAGCGUCGGCAUUGGCAUGACCAGAAACGGUCACCUCUAUGCCAACUCGAGGCAGUUGGCGAAGAACUGCACGUCGUUUGUCCUUACCCCCGCGCACAUCAUCUUCACGACCAACAACCAUUUCCUCAAGUUUGUUCACCUGGUGGACCCUGAGGAGAUGGAGGUCCCCGGAGACGACCCGGAGAUCGACGAGCGAUGCCGCAGCAUCGAACGUGGUGCACGUCUCAUCACCGCCAUGCCGACCAAUAUGAACUUGGUUCUUCAGAUGCCGAGAGGCAACCUUGAAACCAUAUUUCCCCGAGCCAUGGUUGUUGCGGGUAUCAGACAGCUUGUAGAUGAGAAGAACUAUGGCAGGGCGUUUGCCUUCUGCCGCACGCAGAGGGUUGACAUGAAUAUUCUCUACGAUCACCAGCCGAGCCAGUUCCUGUCUAACGUUGGUCUCUUCCUUGACCAACUCAAGGACAUCUCGUACAUAGACCUGUUUUUGUCAUCUCUCAGAGAUGAGGAUGUCACUCAGACCAUGUACAAGGACACAAAACGCAUAACCAGAUCUCUCGAGACAUCGGCAGAAGCCCCAGCCGCAGCACCUGCAGACCUCUCCGCCAAGUCCAAGGUCAACAAGAUCUGUGACGCUAUCCUCAAGAGCCUGCAGAGCAAGAAGAGCACGAACCUGCAGAACAUCAUCACAGCACAUGUCUGCAAGGUCCCGCCAGCCCUCGACGACGGCCUGACCCUCGUCGCAGAGCUGAUGCAGGAAGACGAGAAGGUGGCAGAGAAGGCCGUCGAGCACAUCUGCUUCCUCGUCGACGUCAACCGCCUCUACGACAACGCCCUCGGCCUGUACAACCUCGACCUCGCCUUGCUCGUCGCCCAGCAAUCGCAGCGCGAUCCGAGGGAGUACCUCCCCUUCAUCCAAAAUCUCCACAACCUGCCCGACCUGCGCCGUAAGUUCGAAAUCGACAACCACCUCGACCGCCGAGCCAAGGCUCUCUCGCACCUAAAGGCCCUCGACGCCUUCGAGGAACUUUCAACGUACACCGCCAAGCAUGCGCUAUACCAGGAAGCCCUCGCCCUCUACCGUUACGACCAGGCGCGUCACCAGGCCCUGACCGGUCUGUACGCGGCCUACCUCGAGUCCAAAUCGAAGUACCGCGACGCCGGUCUCGCUUACGAGACCCUUCAGAACUUCAACAAGGCCACUAGCUGCUACCGCCAGGCCGGCGUAACGUGCUGGCGCGAGUGUCUCUUCGCCGCACAGCAGCAAACGCCCCCACCCUCCGAGGAGACCAUAACGGAGCUGGCCUCUUCCCUCGCGGACGCCCUCUGGGAGGGCAAGGAAUACGCCGCCGCAGCCACGAUCCACGUCGACUACCUCGCCUCCCUCGAGACCGCCGUCAAGUGUCUCUGCAAGGGCUACCACUUCGCCGAGGCCCUCCGCCUCAUCGCUCGCGAGCGCCGGGCGGACCUCCUUCCGACAACCUUCGACGGUGGUCUUGUUGAGGCACUGAGCAGCAGCACCGAGUUUCUCGCCGACUGCAAGUCCCAGCUCCUCGCCCAGGUGCCGCGUGUCGCGGAGCUCCGCAGGAAGGCCGCCGAGGACCCGCUCGCCUUCUACGAGGGCGAGCGCCCCGGCGGCGGCGCGGGUGGCGACAUCCCCGACGACGUCUCAGUGGCGGCGUCAUCACGCAUCAGCACCAGCGCCAGUUUGUUCACUCGGUACACGGGCAAAGACGGCAGCGUCGGGACCGUGGGCACGGGCGUGUCGCGCGCGACCUCCAAGAACCGCAAGCGCGAGGAGAAGAAGCGCGCCCGCGGCCGCAAGGGUACCGUCUACGAGGAGGAGUAUCUCGUCAACAGCGUCCGCAGGCUCGUUGAGCGCGUCGAGGGCGGCGCCAAGGACGAGGUCGGACGCCUCGUCUUCGCGCUCGUGAGGCGCGGCAUGACGGAGCGCGCGCGCGCGGUGGAGGCGCUCAUGGCCGAGGUUGUCGAGGGGUGCAAGGCGGCGGUGCGUGAGGUGUUCGCCGGCGGCAAUGAGGAGCACGAGGGCGAGGCCAUGGUCGGGCCCGACGGCGAGACGUACAUGGCUUCCGGCGGCGACGCCGUCUUCCAGGAGCACCUGGAGGCGAGGGCCAAGAAGCUAGAGCCGCCUGCGCUGAGCGCGUUCCAGAAGCUGACGUUGCUGGGGUCAUAG